AUGGACCCCGGGCGCACAGGGGCCGGCGCCGCGGUGCGCUCCCGCCUGGCGCUGCUGGCCUGGGCGCUGGCGAGCGUCCUGAGCGGACCCCCCGCCGCCGCCUGCCCCACCAAGUGUACCUGCUCGGCCGCCAGCGUGGACUGCCACGGGCUGGGCCUCCGCGCGGUCCCUCGGGGCAUCCCCCGCAACGCCGAGCGCCUUGACCUGGACAGAAAUAACAUCACCAGGAUCACUAAGACGGACUUUGCUGGACUCAAGAACCUCCGAGUCUUGCAUCUGGAAGACAACCAGGUGAGCGUCAUCGAGAGAGGCGCCUUCCAGGAUCUGAAGCAGCUGGAGCGACUGCGCCUGAACAAGAAUAAGCUCCAAGUCCUUCCAGAAAUGCUUUUCCAGAGCACACCGAAGCUCACCAGACUGGACCUGAGUGACAACCAGAUCCUGGGCAUCCCGAGGAAGGCGUUCCGAGGCAUUGCUGAUGUCAAGAACCUGCAACUGGACAACAACCACAUCGGCUGCAUUGAAGAUGGAGCCUUCCGUGCGCUGCGCGAUCUGGAGAUCCUCACCCUCAACAACAACAACAUCAGCCGCAUCCUGGUCACCAGCUUCAACCAUAUGCCGAAGAUCCGGACACUGCGCCUUCACUCCAACAACCUCCUAUGCGACUGUCACCUAGCAUGGCUUUCGGAUUGGCUGCGGCAGCGGCGGGCCAUUGGCCAGUUCACGCUCUGCAUGGCCCCCGUGCAUCUGCGGGGCUUCAGCGUAGCGGAUGUGCAGAAAAAGGAGUACGUAUGCCCAGGCCCCCACUCGGAGCCACCCACCUGCAAUGCCAAUUCCAUUUCCUGUCCUUCGGCCUGUACCUGCAGUAAUAACAUCGUGGACUGUCGAGGGAAGGGCCUGACAGAGAUCCCAGCCAACCUCCCGGAGGGCAUCGUGGAAAUACGCCUGGAGCAGAAUUCCAUCAAAUCCAUCCCUGCAGGAGCCUUCACCCAGUACAAGAAGCUGAAGCGCAUAGACAUAAGCAAGAAUCAGAUCUCCGACAUCGCCCCAGAUGCUUUCCAAGGUCUGAAGUCGCUGACAUCACUAGUUCUCUAUGGGAACAAGAUCUCGGAGAUUCCCAAGGAGCUGUUUAGUGGGCUGGUGUCACUGCAGCUGCUCCUCCUGAACGCCAACAAGAUCAACUGCCUGCGGGUCAACACGUUCCAGGACCUGCAGAGCCUCAGCCUGCUCUCCCUGUAUGACAACAAGCUCCAGACCAUCAGCAAAGGGCUCUUCACCCCCCUGCAGGCCAUCCAGACCCUCCACCUUGCUCAGAACCCGUUCAUGUGCGACUGUCACCUGAAGUGGCUGUCUGAGUUCCUCCAGGACAACCCCAUCGAGACAAGUGGGGCCCGCUGCAGUGGCCCUCGCCGGCUGGCCAACAAGCGCAUCAGCCAGAUCAAGAGCAAGAAGUUCCGCUGCUCAGGCUCAGAGGAUUACCGCAACCGCUUCAGCAGUGCUUGCUUCAUGGACCUCGUAUGCCCAGAGAAGUGCCGUUGCGAGGGCACCGUCGUAGACUGCUCUAAUCAGAAGCUGCUCCGCAUCCCCAGCCACCUCCCUGAAUAUGUCACUGACCUGCGGCUGAAUGACAAUGAGAUCAUGGUUCUGGAGGCCACAGGCAUCUUCAAGAAGCUUCCCAACCUGCGCAAGAUAAAUUUGAGCAACAAUAAGAUCAAGGAGGUGAAAGAGGGCGCCUUCGACGGGGCAGCCAGCGUGCAGGAGCUCAUGCUGACCGGGAACCAGUUGGAAGCAGUGCAUGGCCGCAUGUUCCGUGGACUCAGUGGCCUCAAGACCUUGAUGCUGCGGAGUAACCUGCUCAGCUGCGUGACCAAUGACACCUUCUCGGGCCUGAGCUCCGUCCGCCUGCUGUCCCUGUAUGACAAUCGGCUUAGCACCAUCGCCCCUGGUGCCUUCAGCACACUCGUGUCCCUCUCUACCAUAAAUCUCCUGUCCAACCCCUUCAACUGCAACUGCCACCUGGCCUGGCUGGGCAAGUGGCUACGCCGGAGAAGGGUGGUGAGUGGGAAUCCACGCUGCCAGAAGCCUUUCUUCCUCAAGGAGAUCCCCAUCCAGGAUGUGGCCAUCCAGGACUUCACCUGCGAAGGCAACGAUGAGAACAGCUGCCGGCUGGGCCCACGCUGCCCAGCACAGUGCACCUGUGUGGACAUGGUGGUGAGGUGCAGCAACCAGGGCCUACGUGUCCUGCCCAAGGGUAUCCCCAAGGAUGUGACAGAGCUGUACCUGGAAGGAAACUACUUAACAGCUGUCCCCCGGGAGCUGUCAGCCCUUCGACAUCUCACCCUGAUUGACCUGAGCAACAACAGUAUCAGCGUGCUGACCAACUAUACCUUCAGAAACAUGUCUCACCUCUCCACACUGAUCCUGAGUUACAACCGGCUGCGUUGCAUCCCCCAACAUGCCUUUGAUGGGCUGCGGUCUCUGCGUGUGCUAACCCUCCAUGGCAAUGAUAUUUCCAGCGUCCCUGAAGGCUCCUUCAACGACCUCACCUCACUGUCCCAUCUGGCCCUGGGGACCAAUCCUCUGCACUGCGACUGUCGCCUGCGCUGGCUCUCCGAGUGGGUGAAGGCUGGCUUCAAGGAGCCUGGCAUUGCACGCUGUAGUACCCCCGAAUCCAUGGCCGACCGGCUGCUGCUCACCACCCCCACCCACCGCUUUCAGUGCAAAGGGCUGCCAGAUAUCAGCAUUAUGGCCAAGUGCGAUGCCUGCCUCUCGGGCCCUUGCAAGAAUAAUGGGACCUGCACCCAGGACCCUGUGGAGCACUUCCGCUGUGCCUGCCCCUACGGCUACAAGGGCAGAGACUGCUCAGUGCCCAUCAACAGCUGUGUUCGGAACCCAUGCCAGCAUGGUGCCACCUGCCACCUGAGUGACACCCACAAGGAGGGUUUCAGCUGCUCCUGUCCUCUGGGCUUUGAGGGACAGCGGUGUGAAAUCAACCCUGAUGAUUGUGAAGACAAUGACUGUGAGAACAACGCCACCUGCGUGGACGGCAUCAACAACUAUGUGUGUGUCUGUCCCCCCAACUACACAGGAGAGCUGUGUGAUGAGGUUAUAGAUCACUGUGUGCCCGAGCUCAACCUAUGCCAGCAUGAUGCCAAGUGUAUCUCCUUGGAUCGAGGGUUCAGGUGCGAGUGUCUCCCUGGCUACAGCGGGAAACUGUGUGAGAUGGACGUGGACGAGUGUGUGGGACAUAUGUGCCAGCAUGGUGCCCGCUGUGUGGAUGCAGUCAACGGCUACACAUGCAUCUGCCCCCAGGGGUUCAGUGGUGCCCUAUGCGAGCAGCCCCCACCCAUGGUGCUGCUGCAGACCAGCCCGUGUGACCAGCAUGAGUGUCAGAACGGGGCACCCUGCAUCUUGCUGGAGCAGGAGCCCACGUGCCGCUGUCCUCCUGGCUUUGCCGGCCCUCGCUGUGAGAAGCUCAUCACGGUCAACUUCGGGGGCAAGGACUCCUAUGUGGAACUGGCCUCUGCCAAGGUCCGGCCCCAGGCCAACAUCUCCCUGCAGGUGGCCACAGACAAGGACAAUGGGAUCCUGCUGUACAAGGGGGACAAUGAUCCGCUGGCGCUGGAGCUGUACCAGGGCCACGUGAGGUUGGUCUACGACAGCCUGAGUUCCCCACCGACCACCGUGUACAGUGUGGAGACAGUGAAUGAUGGGCAGUUCCAUAGUGUGGAGCUGGUGAUGCUGAACCAGACCUUGAACCUGGUGGUGGACAAGGGGGCCCCCAAGAGCCUGGGGAAACUCCAGAAGCAGCUGGCUGUGGGCAGCAACAGCCCCCUCUAUCUUGGAGGCAUCCCCACGUCCACGGGCCUGUCUGCCUUGCGCCAGGGCGCGGACCGGCCCCUUGGCGGCUUCCACGGCUGCAUCGGCGAGGUGCGCAUCAACAAUGAGCUGCAGGGCUUCAAGGCGCUGCCACCACGGGCGCUGGGGGUGUCGCCUGGAUGCAAGUCGUGCUCUGUGUGUCGGCACGGAAUGUGCCGCGUGCUGGAGAAGGACAGUGUGGUGUGUGAGUGCCACCCGGGCUGGACCGGCCCGCUCUGUGACCAGGAGGCCGGAGACCCAUGUCUGGACCACAGCUGCAGCCAUGGAAAAUGUGUGGCCUCCGGGUCCUCAUAUACAUGCCACUGCGCAGAGGGUUAUAGCGGAGACUUGUGUGACCACAAGAAUGACUCAACCAGUGCCUGCUCUGCCUCCAAGUGCCAGCAUGGGCAGUGCCAGGUCUCAGAACAAGGAGAGCCGUAUUGCGUGUGCCAACCCGGCUUCACUGGGCAGCACUGUGAGCAAGAAAGCCCCUGUCGUGGGGAGCUGGUCCGAGAGGUGAUCCGCCGCCAGAAGGGCUACGCGGCAUGCGCCACCGCAGCCAAGGUGCCCACCGUGGAGUGCCGAGGGGGUUGCGGGACACAGUGCUGCGGGCCCACACGCAGCAAGCGGCGGAAGUACGUCUUCCAGUGCACUGAUGGCUCUUCAUUGGUGGAGGAAGUGGAGCGGCACCUGGAAUGCGGCUGCCGGGCCUGCUCCUAGGAGGCGGCCUGGGAGAGAGAGAUGAAGUCUAUUGUAAAAUAAACACCCACAAAAGACAGAUAGAACUUAUUUUUAUUAUGGAAAGUGACUAUUUUCAUCUUUUAUUAUAUAAAUAUUAUCACACCCGGUCAAGUCCUUUGUAUCAUAUAGUGCGUUAUUUUCACCAAGUUUUGGUGUUUGUGUAUGUGUCGCGUUUGUAUGAACAGCUGUUAAAAAAAAAAUGUUUUACGGAAACAAAAGACUAAUAAACUAUGUUUGAAAACCAAAAGUGAAGAAUAA